UUUAUAUUUAUCGCUGAACAAAAUUCUAAUUUCUCUUUCUCUCUCCUCUCAAUAACAUAACAAAAAUACAAGAGAGGGAAGCAAAGCUAAAGCGUCAGCUCUAACGAUACCGCCGAUAUUGUCACUCGCUUUCUAUCUCCUCUACUAUACUUCUCCGACGAUUUUUCAAUUUAUCAGGGAGACGACUAGAGAUGCUCCAGGUGUAUAUAAUUUUAAGUGGAUAAUAAAGUAUACGUGAGAGAAUGGGAGGUUGUUGCUGUUGCUGCUUUUCGUCUAGAAGAUCUGAACCAGUUAGGACCCCGACUUAUUAUUAUUGCCCCAGGACGUCUGAGGAGCGUGAACCCUUGUCAGCUAACCGUGGAAUACCUCCCGGACUGGCAGGAGGACUGCUGGUUGAUACCAAUUUAGACACAUCAAGUCCAGAUACAUAUACUCCACCUCCGGCUCCUAUUCCUUAUGAUGUUGAUUUAGGACGUCCUCGAACCCCACAUGGUAGAGAGAAUCAUCUUACCAAGACUGACACAACAAGUGAAAUAGCAAAUUCUGGUUCUGAGGAAGGACAGAACAAUGCUGAUUCUUCAGAAAAUCAAGAGAAGAGAGAAAUAGACGAGAAAACAAAAUCUGUCGUGGAACUUACCUUAUCUGAGGAUUCUGAAGAUGAUCUUAAGAAGCCGAUCGAACAGAAUCUUACAAUCAUAGAAGAAGAAGAUUGUCCUAUAUGCCUCGAAGAGUACACAGAAGAGAAUCCAAAGAUGCUUACUAAAUGCGAGCAUCAUUUUCAUCUUUGCUGCAUUCUAGAAUGGAUGGAAAGAAGUGAAACUUGCCCAGUGUGUGAUAAGGAAAUGGUGUUUGAUGAAGAUUUUAAUAUUUAGCCUUGAUGCAAGCUCGAGUGUUUAACUUUCUUUCUUGUUGUUGAGGCCUUGUCGGUAGAAUGAUCUGUUUUGUGUUGCAAUUGCAAGUAAGCUUCCACCUGACAUGGGUGAUUGUAAUUAGACAAUUCAAUGUCAUGAGAGUGAUGAGCAUAUCUCUAGGCAUCUGUCAAACUAGUAGAAUUUAUAAACAGAGAAGGUAAAAAGGGAAAGAAAAAACAAAAACAAAAAGAGUGUUGGGGGAGGGGGUGGGUCUUCUAGGUUAGUUUUCCAUAAUAGCUCCUCGGUGUUGGCCUUGCUAUUUGAUUCGUGAAUCGUUGGAGCUUCGAUCAUUUCAGUGACAAAACAUGGUAGUAGGAAAAGGUUUAACAUUUCGGUAGCAUGCAGUACAAUGCAGUUGGGGGAUUGAAUUCGGCAUUACCGAUUGCAUUGUACUGUAUGCUACUUUUAUACUGGAAAUACUGGCGGGAAUAAGCAGGUUCUUUGUGUUCCCGUUAUGUUGGUUUUCUAUGUCAUUUUUUACACACGUGUAUAGGUCCGUUGAACAGAGUUUUAGGAUUUUAAUUUUUUUUUAUUUUUUUAUUUUUAGUUUUUAUAAUCUGUUCUUACAGUGUUUCUUACCUGAAGAUUGGCUUUUUCUGCCGUGUGCUUCUUUUGAUUGAUUUUGCUGAAUUUACAGAAUCUAUCCCUACUUUGGGAGAUCAACAUUCGGCAACAAUAGUGCCUGAUGUAUUGUCAUAUUUGUCAACAAAUGUUAUAUUUGACA